GGAGGCGGGCUCGGGUGCGGAGCCCCGCGAUCCUGUCAGUGUGGGAGCGGCGCUGUGAGGAGCGCGUUGCUGCGCUCCUUCUUCCCGGCGCGGCCUUUCUGUUUCUUCCCUCCCCUUUCCUCUCCUCCCUUUUUCCCUCCCUCGUCCUUCCCGCUUCUUUCCUGCUCGCUUCCUGGCGGCGAGGGAGGGGGGUGUCUCCCACCCUUGGUGGAGGCGGCGAAGCGUGAUGGGGAUGGCCGGGCUCUUCUCUCUCCUCCGCCCCGCGCUGCGCUGUCUCACCGGCUCCAUCGCCUUCCCCAGCUGCUGACAGCACCGGCGGUCCCGCUCUGCCCGCGUCCUGCGGAUCCCCCCGUUCCCCAGAAAACCCCCAGAAAAAGGAUAACUUGAAGCAUUCUUGGCCCUUUAACUUUCAAUUUGUUGACUGCACCACAAGCAAGCAGAAUGUCGGGGGCUUCAGUGAAGGUGGCUGUGCGGGUCCGGCCCUUCAAUUCCCGAGAAACCAGCAAAGAAUCCAAAUGUAUCAUCCAGAUGCAAGGCAACUCUACCAGUAUUAUUAACCCAAAGAAUCCUAAGGAAGCACCAAAGUCCUUCAGCUUUGACUACUCCUAUUGGUCCCACACAUCGCCUGAAGAUCCCUGCUUUGCAUCUCAGAGCCGUGUCUACAAUGAUAUUGGGAAGGAAAUGUUGCAGCAUGCCUUUGAGGGCUACAACGUUUGCAUUUUUGCCUAUGGACAAACUGGAGCUGGGAAAUCCUACACGAUGAUGGGCAAGCAGGAAGAGAGCCAAGCAGGCAUCAUCCCCCAGCUAUGUGAAGAACUGUUUGAGAAAAUCAAUGACAACAGCAAUGAAGAAAUGUCAUAUUCUGUAGAGGUGAGUUACAUGGAGAUUUAUUGCGAGAGAGUCAGAGACUUGCUGAACCCGAAGAACAAAGGGAACUUGCGGGUGCGAGAGCAUCCUUUGCUUGGACCGUAUGUGGAAGAUCUGUCCAAGCUAGCAGUCACAUCUUACACGGACAUUGCAGACCUCAUGGAUGCUGGGAACAAAGCCAGGACUGUGGCAGCUACCAACAUGAAUGAAACCAGCAGCCGCUCCCAUGCUGUGUUUACAAUUGUCUUUACUCAGAAGAAACAUGACACAGAGACUGAUCUUUCUACAGAGAAGGUCAGCAAGAUUAGCCUUGUGGAUCUUGCUGGGAGCGAGCGCGCUGAUUCGACUGGUGCCAAAGGAACCCGAUUAAAGGAAGGAGCAAAUAUAAACAAGUCUCUCACAACUCUGGGCAAAGUUAUUUCAGCUUUGGCCGAAGUGGAUAACUGCACUAACAAGACUAAAAAAAAGAAGAAGACAGACUUUAUACCGUACAGAGAUUCUGUACUAACAUGGCUUCUUCGAGAAAAUCUAGGUGGUAACUCCAGAACUGCAAUGGUUGCUGCUUUGAGUCCAGCAGACAUAAACUAUGAUGAAACUUUGAGCACUUUAAGAUAUGCUGAUCGUGCAAAACAGAUUAAAUGCAAUGCUGUUAUCAAUGAAGAUCCCAACGCCAAGCUGGUGCGUGAGCUGAAGGAGGAGGUGACAAGGCUUAAGGAUCUCCUGCGUGCCCAGGGGCUGGGAGAUAUUAUUGACAUUGAUCCAAUGGGAGAUGAAUACUCUGGAAGUGGAGGCAAAUAUUUGAAAGAUUUUCAGAACAAUAAACAUAGAUACUUGCUAGCCUCCGAGAAUCAACGUCCUGGCAAUUUUUCCACAGCCUCCAUGGGGUCCCUCACUGCAUCUCCAUCCUCCUGCUCUCUCAGUAGUCAGGUGGGCAUAACAUCUGUGUCCAGUAUACAGGAAAGAAUCAUGUCAACACCUGGAGGAGAAGAGGCGAUUGAACGGUUGAAGGAAUCUGAGAAAAUCAUUGCAGAGCUGAAUGAAACCUGGGAAGAGAAGCUGAGGAAAACUGAAGCCAUUAGGAUGGAAAGGGAGGCUUUGUUGGCAGAAAUGGGGGUUGCCAUUCGGGAAGAUGGAGGAACACUUGGAGUCUUCUCACCUAAAAAGAUUUUCCCUCAAAGGCCCUCAGCUCUUUUUGAUGACUCUUUUGGUGCAUUUUCAGCUGAUCAGAUUUACACACCAAGGCCUUGUGACUUGUUUGCUGAUUCCAAUGGGGUUUUUUCACCAAAGAAGACUCCUCAUCUUGUAAACCUUAAUGAAGAUCCACUCAUGUCUGAAUGUCUGCUGUACUACAUCAAAGAUGGUAUUACUAGGGUUGGCCAAGCUGACGCUGAGCGGAGGCAAGACAUUGUACUGAGUGGGGCUCACAUCAAAGAGGAGCAUUGUAUCUUCCGAAGUGAGAGGAACAACAAUGGUGAUGUUAUUGUUACUUUGGAGCCUUGUGAACGAUCAGAAACUUACGUGAAUGGCAAGAGGGUUGUGCAGCCUGUGCAGCUGCGCUCAGGAAAUCGUAUCAUCAUGGGUAAAAAUCAUGUCUUCAGGUUCAACCAUCCAGAGCAAGCGCGAGCAGAAAGAGAGAAAACACCAUCAGCUGAAACUCCCUCUGAGCCUGUUGACUGGACAUUUGCUCAGAGGGAGCUUCUGGAGAAGCAGGGCAUUGACAUGAAGCAGGAGAUGGAAAAAAGAUUACAAGAAAUGGAGAUUUUGUAUAAGAAAGAGAAGGAGGAAGCUGAUCUCUUGUUGGAGCAGCAAAGGCUGGACUAUGAGAGUAAGCUUCAGGCCUUACAGAAGCAGGUAGAGACACGAUCCUUGGCAGCUGAAACAACAGAGGAGGAGGAGGAGGAAGAAGAAGUGCCCUGGACACGACAUGAAUAUGAACUUGCACAGUGGGCUUUCAGGAAGUGGAAAUUUCACCAGUUUACUUCACUGAGGGACCAACUGUGGGGGAAUGCAGUGUAUCUGAAGGAAGCCAAUGCGAUCAGUGUAGAGUUAAAGAAAAAGGUGCAGUUUCAGUUUGUCUUGCUGACAGACACCCUCUACUCACCACUUCCACCAGAGCUUUUGCCGACUGAGCUGGAGAAGACCCGGGAUAAUCGGCCUUUCCCCCGGACCGUGGUAGCUGUGGAAGUCCAGGAUCUGAAGAAUGGAGCAACACAUUACUGGUCCUUGGAAAAACUCAAGCAGAGGUUGGAUCUGAUGCGUGAGAUGUAUGACAGAGCUGGGGAAAUGGCAUCCAAUACACAGGAUGAGAGUGAAAGCACAAUGACAGGCAGUGACCCCUUCUAUGAUCGCUUUCACUGGUUCAAGCUUGUGGGAAGCUCCCCCAUAUUCCAUGGCUGCGUCAAUGAGCGCCUUGCUGAUCGCACGCCCUCCCCCACUUUCUCCACGGCUGACUCCGACAUCACUGAACUGGCUGAUGAACAGCAGGAUGAGAUGGAGGACUUUGAUGAUGAGGCCUUUGUGGAUGAUACUGGCUCCGACGUGGGAACUGAGGAGGGAUCAGACCUCUUCAAUGAUGGGCGCGACCCGUUUUACGACCGAUCCCCUUGGUUCAUUUUAGUGGGAAGGGCAUUUGUAUACCUGAGCAAUCUGCUGUACCCAGUGCCUCUUAUCCACAGAGUAGCUGUCGUUAGUGAGAAAGGAGAAGUACGAGGAUUUCUGCGAGUGGCAGUACAAGCUAUAGCAGCUGAUGAAGAAGCUCCAGAUUAUGGAUCUGGUAUCCGACAGUCCGGCACCGCUAAAAUUUCAUUUGACAAUGAAUAUUUUGAUAAGAGUGAUUUUUCUUCAGUUGCAAUGACUCGUUCUGGACUGUCACUGGAGGAAUUAAGAAUUGUGGAAGGUCAAGGACAGAACUCUGAUGUUACCACUCCUCCAGAGGAGAUCAACAGAAUUAAUGAUCUAGACUUGAAGUCAGCCACUUUGGAUGGAAAGAUGACUAUGGAAGGAUUCACUGAGGAAAUUGGGGAUCACUUGAAACUGGGUAGUGUGUUCACCUUCCGUGUGACAGUGCUGCAGGCCAGCGGCAUCCUUCCUGAAUACGCAGAUAUUUUCUGCCAGUUCAACUUUCUACAUCGUCAUGAUGAGGCUUUCUCAACAGAACCUCUCAAAAACAAUGGUCGUGGGACUCCCCUUGGGUUUUACCAUGUGCAGAAUAUUGCUGUGGAAGUGACGGAAUCAUUUGUGGACUACAUCAAAACAAAGCCUAUUGUGUUUGAAGUCUUUGGACAUUAUCAGCAGCAUCCUCUCCACCUGCAAGGGCAGGAUCUCAACAGCCCUCCACAACCUUCCCGAAGAUUCUUCCCUCCCCCUAUGCCGCUCUCAAAGCCAGACCAUGAAAGAAAAAUUUUGUUGAUUAGGUAUCUUAUGUCUGGCUAUGUAAACGUGCAUGUGCUGAACACACUGUCCGAGCAUGCCAACGUGCUUGCCUCCUCUGCUGUGGCUGCUUUCCAGGAUGGAGCUGACCAGCUGCCACCUUUUCUCUUUCUGCCUGUUCCCAGUUGUCAGAGUGAGCGGGCUCCUAAACGAGAUGUGCCAGCUACAAAGCUAAAUACUAUGAGCAAACCCAGCUUGGGCCAGAGUGUGAGCAAAUACGACCUCCUGGUCUGGUUUGAGAUCAGCGAGUUGGAGCCAACAGGAGAGUAUAUUCCUGCUAUUGUGGACCACACUGGAGGCCUGCCCUGUCAGGGGACGUUCCUGCUUCACCAGGGAAUCCAGCGCAGAAUCACAGUCACCAUUAUCCAUGAGAAGGGCAGUGAGCUGCACUGGAAAGAUGUGCGAGAGCUGGUCGUUGGGCGUAUAAGAAAUAAAGCAGAAGUAGAUGAAGCUGCUGUGGAUGCUAUUCUGUCUUUGAAUAUUAUCUCUGCAAAAUACCUGAAGUCCUCUCACAGCUCCAAUAGGCUCUUUCUUGAUAAGGAUAUGCCUAGAACUUUCUAUCGGUUUGAAGCAGUCUGGGACAGCUCCUUGCACAACUCCCUUCUCCUCAAUCGAGUGACACCGUAUGGAGAGAAGAUCUAUAUGACCCUUUCUGCUUACCUGGAGCUUGACCACUGCAUCCAGCCUGCUGUUAUAACAAAGGAUGUUUGUAUGGUCUUCUACUCACGAGAUGCCAAGAUCUCCCCACCGCGAUCCCUGCGCAAUCUCUUCGGCAGUGGCUACUCCAAGUCUCCAGAUUCCAAUCGAGUAACUGGCAUCUAUGAACUGAGUUUAUGCAAAAUGGCAGACACAGGAAGUCCAGGAAUGCAGAGGAGGAGGAGGAAAGUCCUAGAUACCUCUGUGGCAUAUGUGCGAGGAGAAGAGAACCUGGCAGGCUGGAGGCCCAGGGGUGACAGCCUCAUUCUAGAGCAUCAGUGGGAGCUGGAGAAACUGGAGCUGCUGCAUGAGGUGGAAAAGACCCGACAUUUCCUCCUGCUCCGUGAAAAGCUUGGUGACAGCAUCCCCAAGUCCCUGAGUGACUCAUUGUCUCCCAGUCUGAGCAGUGGAACCCUCAGUACCUCCACCAGCAUUUCCUCACAGAUGUCAACUACAACAUUUGAGAGUGCUGUGACACCCAGUGAGAGCAGUGGCUAUGACUCUGCAGAUAUAGAGAGCCUGGUGGAUCGGGAGAAAGAGCUGGCCACCAAGUGUCUGCAGCUUCUUACUCACACCUUCAACCGGGAGUUUAACCAGGUGUACAACAGCAUCAGUGACUGUAAGCUGUCAGAUAUUUCUCCCAUCGGGCGGGACCCAUCAGUGUCGAGCUUCAGCAGUGCUACCCUCACACCUUCAUCUACCUGCCCUUCCCUGGUGGAUUCAAGGUGCAAUUCGAUCGAUCAGAAGACACCAGAAGCAAAUUCUCGUGCCUCCAGUCCCUGCCAUGAAGUUGAACAGUUCCAGAUAAUUCCUGCAGUGGAAUCUUCCUAUCUUGCCAGAGCUGGAAAGAAUGAAUUCCUAAAUCUUGUUCCUGAUAUUGAGGAAAUCAGACCAGGCUCUGUGGUCUCAAAGAAAGGAUACCUCCACUUCAAGGAGCCACUCUCCAGCUCCUGGGCCAAGCACUUUGUGGUGGUUCGCCGUCCCUAUGUUUUUAUUUACAACAGUGACAAAGAUCCUGUGGAGAGAGGAAUCAUAAACUUAUCCACAGCUCAGGUGGAAUACAGUGAGGAUCAGCAGGCAAUGGUAAAGACACCCAACACAUUCGGUGUGUGCACAAAGCAUCGUGGGGUCCUGCUGCAGGCCAUCAACGACAAGGACAUGAAUGAUUGGUUAUAUGCCUUCAACCCACUCCUUGCUGGCACAAUACGGUCAAAACUGGCUCGCAGACGCACGGGCCAGCUGAAGUACUGAGUCCAUGUGAUGUUCUCGUCUCUUCUCCCUAACUCACUUCUAGUAGAUAAAGUGUUACCUCUCAUUUUCUCUUUGUGAUUCUUGACAGUUUCUCUUGUAUGUAAUCCUGUGGCUUAACAUCCCCUACCUUCCCAGCUCCUUCGGCACAUUUUCUGGGUAUUCUAACCCAAUUUUGUUUCUUUUCACUUGUACUGAGAAUCAUACUAGUAGCAUGUGGCCAAACAAAAAGAGGAAAAAAAAAAAAAAGGCAAAAA